AGUAGAACCCUGUAGUAUCAUAUCAUUAGUGGUUUUCAUUCACACUGUGUCCCUGGAUGUGGGCUGGACACGUAGGGCAGCAUUCUGCAUGAGCAAUAUAUCAUUGCUGUCAUGGCCAGCAUCGGGCCGGUGGAGUGGCAAGGCUCCCACAUCCUGUUGCACCUUUCACAGCUGAGGGCAUAGUCCUCAGGAAUUUCACUUAAAGAGGGAGAUCCAGGUUUAAGCAGGUCCAGCUGACUCCAGAACUCGGAAAGAGGAAACCUCACCCCUCCAAGUACCGGCUCGGGGUUCUGAAGCCGGACGUCGGCAGGUCCUGUCAGCAGCGGGCGCGCACCGGCGGACUUUCAUCCAUCUGCCCCUCCCGGGAGCGAAACGGGGGGGGGGCCGGAGCUCCCGGCCCGCUGCAGGGACCCCGCGGAACGCUGGGGGCGGGCAAGAGGAGGAGGAAGAGGAGGAGGAGGGAUAUUUCGUGGCGGCGAGGAGCAGGUGGUGCUCAGUGCCGCGCGGCCAGCUCAGGAGCGGCACUGCACCGCGCUCCCCGCUCCGCACCGCUCCGCGCCAUGGCCUGUGCGGGCGCGGCGCUGCUGCUGGCGCUAGGUUUUCUUCAUAACUGCUGUGAAGCCUACAAUGUUGGGCUCCUUAAAGCAAAAAUAUUUUCUGGUCCAUCAAGAGAGCAGUUUGGAUACUCAGUUCAACAGUUUAUAAAUGAACAAGGCAAAUGGUUGUUGGUUGGCUCACCCUGGAGUGGCUAUCCGGCCAAUAGAACUGGAGAUAUCUAUGCAUGUCCUGUUGGUACACCCAAAACCACAUGCAAAAAAUUGAAUUUGCAAGCUUUAAUAAAUAUUCCAAAUGUAACUGAGAUAAAGGAAGACAUGAACCUUGGCUUGACUCUGAUCCAGAACUCAAAAACAGGAGGAUUUCUGACUUGUGGUCCCUUGUGGGCACAACAGUGUGGAAGCCAGUACUAUGCAACAGGAGUCUGUUCUGAAAUCAGCCCAAGUUUCCAGAUUCUAAGAAGCUUUUCUCCUGCUGUUCAAAAGUGUUCUUCUGUCAUAGAUAUUGUAGUGGUUUGUGAUGAGUCAAACAGCAUUUAUCCCUGGGAUGCUGUGCGGGCUUUCUUGAAGAAAUUUGUCCAAGGCUUAGAUAUAGGUGUUAACAAAACCCAGGUGGGUUUAAUUCAGUAUGCUAAUAAUCCCCGUGUAGUGUUCAAGUUGAAUGAAUACCGAACAAAGGAUGAUGUUGUUAAUGCAACGGAGAAGACGUUUCAGCAGGGAGGAGAUCUGACUAAUACUUUCAAAGCCAUUGACUAUGCAAGACAGCAUGCCUUCUCACCUGAAUCAGGGGGACGGCCUGCAGCCACUAAAGUAAUGGUUGUUGUGACAGACGGUGAAUCGCAUGAUGGCUCCCACUUGAAAACUGUGAUAGGUAAAUGCAAUGAAGACAAUAUAACAAGAUUUGGCAUUGCUGUUUUGGGAUACUUAAUCAGGAAUGAACUCGAUACUAAAAACUUAAUUAAAGAAAUCAAAGGAAUUGCUAGUCAUCCAACAGACAAGUAUUUCUUUAAUGUGUCAUCUGAGGCUGCACUAUUGGAAGAAGCAGGAACACUUGGAGAGCGUAUUUUUAGCAUAGAAGGUACUGAUCAAGGUGAUACAUUCCAAAUGGAAAUGUCGCAGGUGGGCUUCAGUGCAUAUUUCUCACAAAAAAAGGAUGUUCUGCUGCUGGGUGCUGUUGGGGCUUAUGACUGGAGUGGAACAGUAGUUCAGGAGUCAUCAAACAGAGUCACUACCUUUCCAAGCAAUGCGUUUGAGAAAAUUCUUCAGGACAGAAAUCAUAGUUCAUAUCUAGGUUAUUCUGUUGCUGUUCUCUCAACUCAGAGUUCCAUCUAUUUUGUUGCUGGUGCACCAAGGUCCAACUACACUGGUAGAGUUGUGGUUUAUGAUGUUGACAGCCAAGGUAAUAUCUCAAUUGUGCAGUCCCAGAGAGGCGAACAGAUUGGCUCCUACUUUGGCAGCGUGGUGUGUUCAGUGGAUGUUAACAAGGACUCUGUGACAGAUGUGCUGCUUGUAGGUGCACCAAUGUUUAUGAAUGACCUGAAGAAAGAGGAAGGGAGAGUAUAUAUGUUUUCUAUCAGAAAGGGAAUUUUGGAUCAACAAGAGCUCUUGGAAGGCCCACAAGGUUCAGAAAAUGCUCGCUUUGGAUCAGCAAUCACAGCACUUACAGACAUUGAUUUGGAUGGCUUUAAUGAUGUUGUAAUAGGUGCACCACUGGAAAAUCAAAACUCUGGAGCAAUUUAUAUUUACAAUGGAUUUCAAAAGACUAUACAUACCAAAUAUUCUCAGAAAAUUUUAGGAUCGGAUUCUGCUUUCGGAAAACGGCUCAAAUUCUUUGGAAGAUCAGUAGAUGGCCGUAGAGACUUAGAUGACAAUGACAUUACUGAUGUAUCAGUUGGUGCUGAUGGAAACGUGGUUCUGCUUUGGUCACAGAGCAUUGCAAAUGUGUCCGUAAUUGCUUCAUUUGUACCUGAGAAAAUCAGUCUGCUGAACAAGAACACGGAAAUAACUGUCAAAAUAUGUUUUCAGGCUACAUUUAGACCUGCUAAGAGAGAUAAUCAAGUGGCUAUAAAGUGCAAUGCAACACUGGAUGCAGAUCUCCAGUCCUCUCGAGUGACUUCUAGAGGACUGUUCAAAGAAAAUAAUGAAAGGUACAUGCAGAGGGAUGUUGUGGUGACUCAUUCUGUGAACUGUGUUCAGGACAUCUUCAAUGUACAGGAACCUUCUGAUGCAGUCAAUUCCCUUAAUGUGCGCAUUGACAUUGGCCUUGCAAAUCCUGGCACCAGCCCUGUCCUUGAUACAUCUUCUCCUGCAUCUGUGGCCUACAGUAUUCCUUUUAUUAAAGACUGUGGUGAAGAUGAGCUUUGUAUCUGUGAUCUUGUUCUGAAUGUCCAGCAGAAGGGAGAUGAUAGCAAACAGCAAUUCAUUGUCAGCAGCAAAAACAGAAGACUAACAUUCAACAUGAAAUUGAGAAAUAAAAAAGAAAAUGCAUACAACACCAGAAUCCAGGCUAUGUUUUCAGACAACUUGUUUUUUGCUUCUUCUUCUUUACCGAGCGAUGGAACUGAAGUCUCAUGUCAAACAGGAACAUCUCAAACUACAGUCAUCUGCCAGAUAAGCUAUCCUGUUUUCCGAACAGGACAACAGGUGUCUUUUGAUAUUAGUUUUGAUUUUAACCUGAAGAAUCUUCAGAAUAUGGCAGUUCUAAGUAUUCAUGCAUUGAGUGAAAGUAAAGAAGAGCGAGAACUGGACAACCAGAUCAGCUUGUCAAUUCCUUUGCGGUAUGAUGCAGAAAUUCACUUCACAAGGCUUGCCAACAUCAAUUUCUAUGAAGUAUACUCUGGUCAUAACAUUCCUUCCACUGUGAAUAAUUUUGAAGAUAUUGGUCCCACAUUCAACUUCUCAGUAAAGGUAACAACAGGAAGUAUUCCAGUGAAGAUGGCAUCUGUGAAAAUCCAUCUUCCAGAACUAACCAGCAAAGACAACCCACUGAUAUAUAUAACUGCAGUUGACACGGAUCAGGCCAGAGGUGUUACUUGUCAAGUUCAGAUAAAUCCACUGCAGAUAGGAAAAAGACCUUACUCUGUGUCUUUCAAGAAAGAAAACUUCAGAGGUGUGAAAGAAUUGAACUGUAAGAAUGCGAAGUGCAGUACUAUCAUGUGCAAACUGGAAGACCUCAUGCUGAAGGGAGAGUAUUUUGUGAACGUGUCCACCCGGAUCUGGAAUGGUACCUUUGCUGUUUCCACUUUCCCGACAUUGCAACUCUUUGCUGAGGCAGAAAUCAACACACAUAAUACUGACUUAUUUAUAAUUGGAGAAAAUACUCUAACUGUCCCAGUUACAAUAAUAAAGCCAGAUGAAAAAGCUGAGGUACCAAUUGGUGUUGUCAUUGGCAGUAUAUUGGCUGGACUCCUCUUGCUGUUAGUACUGGUUGCUGUUUUAUGGAAACUUGGCUUCUUCAAAAGACAGUAUGAAAAAAUGACACAGGAUAUAGAAGAUAUCGAUGAAAUUACAGAACUCACAAAAGACAAAGACUGAAGAAGUGUUACGUGUAUAAAGAGAGGAGAUCUGAGCCACCAAUAGAAAUUGUGAUCCAAUCAGUUCUUCAGCUGGAGUGCCUUAAAGCUUAAUAACAUUUAAACAUUUUUAAUUAAGGUGUUUUUUUAUAGAUAAAAAUAUUUUACAGAUUCUGCUCUAUUAUAAGAGUAACUGCAGGACAGUUUGUUGGUUUUGUUUUUUUUCAGAAGUGAUUUAUAGUGCCUUUUCUUGUGUAUUUUUGCCUUUCAAACAACUUAGCCCUUAGAACUGGCAGGUCCGGAGUUUACAGUAACAUUUUGUGCCAGCAACACUUCUCCUGAUCCACUGCAGAGUGAAACAGAACAAUUUAUUUCAGAUUAUUGUGGAACAGCAUCAGUUCGUAAUUCAGUUGACAAGUACCAUAUGUGUAAAGGACACUUUCUAUUAAGUUGAUGAUGAAUGUGUGGUGAAUACUGCUUCCAGACUGGGAGAAGAAAACUCAUUUUUUCAUUGACUAGCUCCAUCCUUAUUGUUUUACAGAAAUUAUUUGUACAAGCAAACCUUUGUCUUAACUAAUCUGUGAAGUGGGAACUAUGUAAGAAGACAUCUAUCUGUGUGCUACAGGACAACUGGAUGGGCAUACUGUUCCAAAAGGUCACCAUUUCCUUGCACUAAGAUCACAAAUUACUGAAGUGUACUGUUUUUGGAAAAUACUGCCAAAUGAUACAUGUAACUGUCUUCUGAAUACUGUCUCUGAGAAGAAAAUAAGAAUUUAAUAACCACUUACACCAUGUUCUCUGUCAUGUUAUGACUGGCUUUCAAAUUUCAUCUGGAGAAGAACUACCAAUACUAUUACACUGCGCUUUACGUGUGCAGGCCACCUGACAUCAGUUUAGCUUUUGACAUAAAUAGAGAACAGAGUCAAAGACUUGACCUUAAUUCUGUACUGGAACAUUUUGCAAUAGUAAGAGCAUGAAGUUAGCUAAAGGGGAUAUGACUGAGGUGGUAUGCACAUGUUAGGACAGAAGACAGAGAAGAGCUAAAGCUCUAUAAAUUCCAAACUGCACUUGUUUCUUUAGCAUCUCAGUGCCCUCCUGGAGACCAAAGUUCAGUGUGACCUACUUACCUGUCAUUUUUUUUAUUUGGUUCCAUGUCUUCAUGUCUUGAAGUUAGCUUAUAUUUUACAUAGUAAAGUACUGUAAAGCUCUGCAGGAACUCUGAGCACAGUUGGGUCUUUGUGUAAGUUACACACCUCAAAUUUAUCACAUGCUGCCCAGUUUAACUGAUAGAUCAGUCAGAAGGCCCUGUAAGACUGGUGACAGUCAGGGGAUUUGGCCUUUUGUCUGCCUUUCACUCUCAUAGCUGGUGGUUACUUAAAUGCAGUUUUGACAGAAGAUGCGUGUGUUGUCUUUAUGGAUGCUGCCGUGUAACUAAGAUUGUUUCUGACUUGAUGUGAUUUACUUGAAGAGUUGAACAUUUACAUGUGCCUGACACAGAACCUGAAGUUAUGUUUUCUUUCCCCAAAAACUAGUUUGUAAAUACAGUUAGGCACUUCUAGAAUUAUUUUCUGAAGGACGUUUAAAAAAUUACAUUUGAGCAUGUUUGGAAAUUUUAUUCAGUCUUUCUUUUUUAGAUCACUAAAGAUUAAUUAGUCAUGAGCCAAUCAUUUCUUUGGCAAAUAACAGCUUCAUUUGCAGUGACAGCUGGAUUGUUCCCAGUAUAAUUGUAUGUGUUUGGGAUUUAUUUUGUAUCUAUGAAAGGUUACACAUUUGUUCAGGUUUUUUAACAGUCUGUAAAACAGUCUGGAUUCUGAUCUCGACUGUCAGACAAGAUUGUUGCCAUUAGCUGAGUUUGUGACCAAAACAAUUAUUUUAAAAUUUUAAAAAAAGCCAUUGUACAAACCUGAAGAAUAUGGUCCUGACUUAGAGUUAUGAACCCUGCAAGAAAAAGCUCUAAAAGUAAAGAUAAAAAAUUGUCUGUCUCAAUUACUGUAUGAAGUUGUAAGGAAGAGAAUCCUACACCUACAUGUGCGAGAAGCUUCUACAUAACUAGGAUCAUAUAAUCCAGGCCGUAGGAGGAAUGUCACAACAAAGUAGAUAGUAGCAUCUUUCAUUUCUCAUGCUGCUUGUACCAGAAAUGACGCAGGCAAUGAGCCAGACUUCCUUCUUCGACCACAGGUGUGAGAUACAGGUUAAUAUCUGACACCCAACUUCUUGCUUAUUUAACAGUUCAUUAAUAGGACAGCAAUGAUUCAGUUCAUUAGUCUACACUGGGUUUUAUUUUGUCCCAGACAACAGGAGUCCUCUCAAUCCUGGGAAUAAUACUUUCCCUGAAAUAAAGGGAAGGCAUAGCAGUGUGUAAGGUUUUCUAUCCUAACCACUUACAGUUACUAGUUUUAUUUUUCCUUUAUGAUUAAUACUUACAUGGCUAGUUCAGUUUUUGUAAUGAGUGACUUUACUGCACUUUUAAGUUAAGUUGGCACAGCCACAAAUAAUGCUGGAAAUAUUAUGUAUAUUUUGUAUUAUGGAUUUUUUAGUUUUACUUUUUUAAAAAAGAGCAUGUUGCAAAUGAAAUAAUAUUCAAAAUGUUCGACUUCAGCACACGCUUCUAUUUGUGCUUGCAGCAGAGAAGUCAGGAACACUUUCAACAAUCUCAAGCUAUAUCUGAUCUUAGUCUUGAAUCUAGCUGCUGACUUCUUGAAGUACUAGAAUCAAGUCUAAACUCAGAGUUAGCUUCAUACGAGACUACAUAUAGAUUUGGGAUGGAUGAGAGAGUUUAUAAGCAAACAGACUUCUGAAAACUAGUGUGUAAGCUCUCUGGGAGCAGGGAUCGUAUCUCUGUGGUCCUACCUGAAGGCCUAAUAGCAUUAUUAUAAUAAAAACAAGAAUACUACUGAA